AUGGAGAGUGAUGGCGACAGCGCUACUGAUCGAGAAGAUAGCUUAACACGAGUACCGGCUAAGAGAAAGCGUUAUAAGCAGAAGUUUCGGGAAGAAUGGUUGCUGAAUAAAGAAUAUAGUGACUGGCUAAGAAAGGAUAAUAGGGACUUAUCGAAGGCGGUCUGCAAUGUUUGCAAUACAUCUUUCAGUGCCGAAAUAAGUGUAAUAAAACGCCACAAAGAAGGAACUAAACACGUGAAUAAUUUAAAGAGGUGUAGUGCUUCAACGUCCAAAAAACAACAGUCUAUAGUAAGCGUUUUUAAAUCCAUGCCAACUAAUGAAAAGCAAUUGGUAAAGACUUCAGAAAUAAAAUUAGCUGCUUUUGUUGCUGAGCAUAAGGUAUCUCAUAAUGUCAUGAAUCACUUAGCAGAUUUGUUACCAAAGUUGUUCCCAGAUUCUCAGAUAGCCAAAGAUAUUAGAUUAAAAAGAACUAAAGUUCAAGCUGUGAUAAAUAACUGUAUUGGGGAAACUGAAAAAGAAAACUUGAUCAGUGACUUGAAAUCACAAAUGUUUUCAAUUUUGAUAGACGAAAGCACAGAUAUUGCUGUAGUAAAAACAGUAGCUGUAGUGGUCAGGUAUUUUGAUCCAAUGAUUGGUAAAGUUAUCACUCGGUUUUGGAAUUUGAUUCAAUUAUUUGAUGAGAAAACCACCGAUCAUGUUGCAAAUGCCGAAAAACUUUUUAAUACUGUUAUAGGUUCAUUUCAAAAGUAUGAGAUUCCUACGGAAAACAUCAUAGGUUUCGGCUCUGAUGGAUGCAACACAAUGAUGGGAUGUAACAAUUCAGUUUCAAGUCGAUUUCGUCAACGUUGUCCAGGCAUAAUUGUGAUCAAAUGCAUUUGCCAUUCUCUGCAUCUUUGCGCUAGUGACGCAUGUAAAGAGCUUCCACUAAAUUGUGAAAAAAUGGCGCGAAAUAUUUAUAAUUAUUUUAAAUCCAGUAGUAAAAGGCAGAGUGAGUUGAAAGAGUUCCAGUAUUUUGCUGAGGCGGAUGUGCACAAAAUUCUAAGACCAGCCCAGACUAGAUGGUUGUCUUUAAAUGCAGUAGUGCAAAGGAUUCUGGAACAAUGGGAUGUAUUACGUCUUUAUUUCAAUAGCAAAUGGCUGGAAGAAUCGGAGUGCCACGAUAUUCAUGCAUGCCUGAAUGAUCCCAUAAUCAAGGCUUAUUACUAUUUUUUGGCUUGGAUGUUGCCAAAAUUUACAACAUUAAAUAGCUGUUUUCAGAGCGAAUCUAUUUUAAUUACGAAACUACAUGGGAAAAUGACAGCUUUUUAUAAAGAACUGUUACUAUUGGUUUUACACAGAAAUUAUGUAAAUUCCGCUCCUAUUGAAACUAUAGAUCCAAUGACAGAAAUAAAUCACAAGGACCUAAAAGACAUAUAUCUAGGUUUAGGUGUCCAGAAAGAACUAGAUUCUGUUGAAAAUGAAGAAAGAAAGUUAACUCUCAGAAAGAUGUGUAAAAAUUUUAUUAUUAGAGCUUGUGUGGGCCUUCGUAAACGAUACUGUUUUAAUGACAAAAUUAUGACAGAAAUAGCAAAAUUUGAUCUAGAGAAAGUAAUUUCUGAUGACAGGGAAGAGUCAGUUUCGUCGUUAUUUCCAUUACUGCCCAGAAUUGCCCCAACUUCAAUCCAACAUCAACAAGAACUAGAUGAUGAGUGGCGGAAGUUGCCGUUAUACUACAAAGAUUUGGAUUUAAGUCAACCCCCUGACGUAUUUUGGCACCAGGUAAGUUUCCAUGUAAACUCGAAGCAACGUGAAUUCAUAUUGGUUUCUAUUGUUAUAGCAGCCUAA